UUCAUCUUGUGUAAGCAAUAAUUGAUGUUUCUUCUAUCAUAUCUUCUUAGUUGAUGUUAUUCAUUUAUUCUCCUUUAAGUUUUUUUUCUUUUUUUUUUGCAUCAAUACACGAAUUGGUAUAAUUUAUUUUCACAUGUUUUUCUGUUAUUAUUCAUCGUUUUCUUUGUUGAAUUUUCUAAAAUAACUUGCUGGCAACUAUUUUGAUAAUUUGAUUUCUUCUUCUUCUCUCUCUCUCUCUCUCUCUCUCUCUCUCUGUUCAUCUCUCUCUCUCUGUGUGCUUAGGUAGGGAUUUAAAGAUCUUCCUUUAUGUUUCCAUGUGGGUAUGCCUUAGAUUUUUAUUAACCUCUUAAAUCUCACACCUUUUUUGUUCUUAAUUGCUCUAAAAACUUGCUGGGUUGUUUUCUUGGCACUUCACGCCUUGUUAUUAAACCUCUCUUAAUUGCCCUUUUUUUUAGUUGCAGAGUUUAAUUUUUUUGGUGAAGUAGUUUCUGGGAAUGAAAGCUAGUAGCUUUUAAGUUGAUAUUUUCAUAUUUACGCCAUUUUUUAGUGAUGUUCUUGGUUAGUUUCUUAUUGAGCUUGUCACAGAAGGGUUUAACUCGUAGAUUCUCUUCUUGGGUUUAAUUUAAAAUUUCCUGAAGAUCUAUUGUUGUUGCCAAGCCAUUUCUUAAAUUUCAGACCUUUUCUUUUUUGUUCUUGAUUUCCCAUUUUAAGUUUCUUGCUUUCCUUGGCUCUCCAAAAUUUUGCUCUUAAAACUCUCUUAAUUCCCAUGCUUUUAGUUGGAGAGUUUAAUUUUGUUAGGUGAAAAGCUAGUAGCUUUUGUGCUGAUAGGUUCAUAUUUAUGCCAUUUCUGAGUGAUUUUCCAGGUUAGUUUCUCAGAGAUCUUGUGUUUUUAAAGAUUUUCUUGGUGGAUGUACUUCAAAUUUUCCUGAAGAUUUGUAUAUAAUCUUGUUGGGUCUGGAAUUUGAGUGCUCAAGGAUUGAAAAACCAAGAACUUGUUUACCAGUUGCUUGUUUGGGUUUGCUUCAAAUUCUCCUGAAUAUUCCUUGAUAGUCCUUUCCAAUGCCUCCUACAUAUUUCCCUCUAAGAUGGGAGAGCACAGGAGAUCAAUGGUGGUAUGCUUCACCCGUAGAUUGGGCGGCUGCUAAUGGCCAUUAUGACUUAGUUAGAGAGCUUCUCCGAAUCGACCGCAAUCACCUAAUUAAACUCACUUCUCUCCGGCGAAUUCGCCGGCUAGAGACAGUAUGGGACGAUGAAGAACAAUUUGAUGAUGUCGCCAAAUGUCGGUCUGAGGUCGCCCAGAAACUCUUUCUUGAGUGUGAAUCCAGGAAAGGGAAGAAUUCCCUCAUACAAUCUGGCUAUGGAGGAUGGCUCAUGUAUACAGCUGCCUCAGCUGGUGACUUGAGUUUUGCCCAUGAGUUACUUGAUAGAAAUCCUUUAUUGGUGUUUGGGGAAGGAGAAUAUGGUGUGACUGAUAUACUUUAUGCUGCAGCCAGGAGUAAAAACUGUGAGGUUUUUAGGCUGAUUUAUGAUUUUGCUGUUUCACCGAGGUUUCUAACUGCAAAGAAUGGAGAAUUUGAGGAACAUAUUGGGGAUAUUCCUUCUAUUUACAAAUGGGAAAUGGUGAAUAGAGCUGUUCAUGCUGCUGCUAGAGGAGGAAAUGUGGAGAUUCUCAAGGAAUUGCUUGUUGAUUGUGAAGAUGUUUUGGCAUAUAGAGAUAAGAUGGGUUCAACUGUUUUACAUGCUGCUGCUGGUAGAGGACAGGUUGAGGUGAGAUUUCUCUUCACAGCUUUGCAAUUGAUUUCGGCAGGAGGAAUAUUUGGUUGUCAAGACUAUACUGCAAGGAGAGCUAUAGCAUCCCACUUGAAGAUGCAAGGCAACGGAAGCAGUCCUGGAACUUCGUUCAGAAUCUCUGAUACUGAAAUUCUGCUCUAUACCGGAUUGGAGAUUGUAUCGGAUGGCAGUGCUGAUCAGGGAAGUGGUGUAAUGAGCUCGCCUUUGACUGAUCCAUGUCAAUUUGACACCAAUCAAAUCCCAUCAAAUAACAAGAAAUCAGGCCCCAUAAAUGCUGCAGCUCAUCGAUUGAAAAGUGUUCUGCAUUGGCCUAGGAUGAAACAGAAGAAGCAUGAGAAAUCAAAGAAAUCCAUAGAAUCUCUAGAGUCACUCAAGAAGUACAGUUCAGACGAGGCACCAACUCCACUUCGACAGAGAUUUUCGAAGCCUUCCUCUCCCGCAAGCAACAAGAGGACACUUGCCGUGAGGAGUACUCAAUCAAGUCCAAAUGCCAAGAAAAAGUUUGCUUCAGGGAUAGUGCAGGGUGUCAUGCAAGCAAUGCCUCAUUUGACAGUUCCAGGUCGUUCUCGGUCAAGUUCGUUCUCGAAGUCAUCGGUAUCCUCACCUUGUUCACUCGAAAAACAAAAGGGGAUUUUCGUGGACACGAAUGUUGCAGGACCAUCUUCCUCAAUAAACCAAAUAUUGUUUGGUGAUGAAAAACCGGAGAUUUCCGAGAAGCAAGGCACUGCGAACAAGAAGUUGAGGAGCCAGUAUUUCUGUUUCGGGUCUUCGGAUGUAUCUUCAAAGACUCAAGUUAUGCAGCAAUCGGAGAAACUGAGUCUCCAUCCUUCAAUUCUCUCAAUGGCUUGAUUUAGUACUCCAUGGAUGGCUGUUAACAUGAAGAUUAGUAGUAGAGUAGUGGUAAGAUGAUCAGUAGCUUGCUGGUUGUUAAUUGUAUUUUAUGUAUGUUACUUACAAACAAGUCUUUCUGAAAUAAGCUUUGAUGUUGUUAAAGAAUCAAAUUAGAAGAAAACAUUUGCAUGUUAUGCUUU